GUCAAAACGAUCAGUAAAUGCACGAAAGGUACGGCCGCGGUACAAUGCGCAGGUGAGCUCCUUUCAGUCGUCCACGAGCUGGCAUUAAUUGGAGGCACGGGUCCCACUGCUACGUCGAGCCGCAAAACUUCAGUGAAAAAUGAUCCCGCCAUUGAGAGCAUGCUUAUAGCGCUCUCUCCUAUGGAACUUUCUCAGCUUCUUGAGAGUGAUAAGCGUGGACGUAGCAUAGUCAUCUCUGGCCUGGAUGAAGCGCCGGGCAAUUUACCUCCCUCGGCUCGUCAAAGGGACCUCGAGGAUAAGGUGUGCGCUGUCCUCGACGUUUUGGACGUCGAAUGCCGCCCGACCGAGAUAUACCGGAUGGGCAAGCGUGACAAGGAUCGCCCUCGCCUCGUCAAGGUUGUGUUACCAGCUAGGUCCCACUGGCGCCGAGCUUUAGCUAAUGCACGUUUGCUUCGAGGUGCUGGGCUCCCACAUGUCUUUAUUCGACGCAGUAUGACAGAGGACGAGAGGAAGCGCGAAUACGAGCUCCGCAAAGAGGCCGAAGAACGUAAUAAGGGCAAGGAUGUUCGUGAAUGGGUUGUCUACCAAGGUCAACUCAAACACACAUCUGAAUUACCUCACAAACAAAUUGUAGCUGCAUUCCCUUACUUUGUUUACCGUUUGGACCGGAAAGAUCGUAGAGGUGGUGGGGUAUGUUGUUUAGUCAAGGGUAACCUCCUUACUUCUUCCGUUGAAUUGAAUCGUACAAUGAAUGCCGACGUUCUUUCCUUAGAGCUUUUCUGCCCUCUCGAGCACGUUUCUCUGCCGACUCACGGCGAAAACACUCUCGAUUUAGUCCUGUCUACUAUUCCUAAUAUACGUGAUGUCUCUAUUUCUUCCCCACUGGCCAGUUCUGACCAUGCCUCUGUUCGAUUCGUCCUGUUAGAAAAAAUUGAAUCAACAUAUACCGUCCCUCUACCGGAUUUUUCUCGUGUUGACUACAAGGGCCUUAAUGAGCAUCUCUUGAAAGUGGACUGGUUCAAUGUCUUUGAUCAGUACAGCUCUAUCGAUGAUAUCUAUAAGAGAUUCUGUAGUGCUCUCUACAAUGCGUUCAAAAUAUAUGUUCCGAUGAGACUUCCUGGCUUCGUCCUGUUAUAUACCCGUUGCAUAUCAGAAAUUUGCUAA